AAAAUACUAUGAUGUAACCGAUGAAAACACUCUGCAAAACAAAUGUUCAAGUGAAGUAGAAAAAGCGAAAGAUAAUGAGAGAGAGAGUAAAUCAGAAGGACAGCUAAGGGUUUGCAAAGAGAAAGGAAAGAGGUAUGGUAAUACCAGCUCCAAUAAUAAAAUGCAACCAAAGAUCUUGAACAUUAUUAACGAUUCUUUCAACCAGAAGAAACAUUGA